AUGCGUCGCUCCUCAUUUACGCCCGUGUUCAAUUUGAGCACUCAAGAGCCGCUGAUUGUUGUCGAGGAGUCGCAUGCCGUUGAGGAUGGCGAUGAACUAGAGGGCGCUGCUGGGGGCUUUGAUCCGAGUGCCACCAAACGCAGCAAUAGCGAUGAUUCGGAGCCGGACUCACCAGUUAAUCCGUAUCUGUUGUGUCCCUUUCCCGAUAUGCAGCAGAGACGCAAGCAUUCGUUGCCCUCAUUGCAAAUAACCGAGGGCAUCACCGCCAGCCAGGUGCGACGCCUAUCCGAGGUGGGCGGCGAGACGGGCGGCAUCAGUCCCAAGGAGGUCGAAUUUUUGGCCACCCUCUCGCAGAAGUCAAAUCCGACCGCAGGCGGCCGUCGACACUCAGUGGUCACCAUAUCGGCUGUGCCGCCAACGCUCUUCGGACGCAAUCGGCGCGAGUCCAUUUCCGCCGUGUCGUUCAGCGGCAGUCGUCGUGGCAGCAUCAUCGGCGGACCGCCCCUAACCGAUCAUCGCGGCAGCAUACACAAUUUGCAGCUGGACAUCAUGGACGGGAUUGUGCAGCAGCGCAAGACGCGCAGUGGCAGCGGCGUCUGGACAGCACCUGUGCUCCAGGAGGCGGACAGCAAUGUGCCCGUCCAGACAUAA